AGUGGCCCCGCGGCCGGCACGCGGCGCUGCGCUCGCUGCUUAAAUGAGCCGGGGCUCCCGGCGCGCGCCACUUCAAGGGAGCCCGCCGCAGGAGCGGCCACCGCCGGCUUUCCUCAGCGCGCCGGGAGGCGGCGGCCGUCGGGGACCGGACGCGGCGAGCUGAGGCGCUGCGCUCGCUGCAGGGGAGCGGCGGCGGCCGGCGAUGGGGACCGAACGGAGCUACCGUGCCGGGCCGUGACCGCCGCGCCGCCGCCGCCUCGGGCGCUCUCGGAGCGCCGACGCUGAGGAACAUGGCCCUGGAGCAGCUCUGCGCGGUCCUCAAAGUGUUGCUAAUAACGGUACUCGUAGUGGAAGGGAUUGCUGUGGCCCAAAAGACCCAAGAUGGACAAAAUAUUGGAAUCAAGCAUGUUCCUGCAACCCAGUGUGGCAUUUGGGUUCGAACCAGCAACGGAGGUCAUUUUGCUUCCCCAAAUUAUCCUGACUCCUAUCCGCCAAACAAGGAGUGUAUCUAUAUUUUGGAAGCUGCUCCUCGUCAACGGAUAGAGCUGACCUUUGAUGAACGAUAUUAUAUAGAGCCAUCAUUUGAAUGCCGGUUUGAUCACUUGGAAGUUCGAGACGGGCCAUUUGGCUUCUCUCCUCUUAUAGAUCGUUACUGUGGCAUGAAAAGCCCUGCAUUAAUUAGGUCAACAGGAAGAUUCAUGUGGAUUAAAUUUAGUUCUGAUGAAGAACUUGAAGGACUAGGAUUUCGAGCAAAAUACUCAUUCAUCCCAGAUCCAGACUUUACUUACCUUGGAGAUUGCCAGUUUGAGCUCUCGGGAGCUGAUGGAAUAGUGCGGUCUAGCCAAGUAGAACAGGAGGAAAAAACAAAGCCCGGCCAAGCGGUUGACUGCAUAUGGACAAUUAAAGCUACCCCGAAAGCUAAGAUUUACUUGAGGUUCUUAGAUUAUCAAAUGGAACACUCAAAUGAAUGCAAAAGAAAUUUUGUGGCAGUCUAUGAUGGGAGCAGCGCUAUCGAAAAUCUGAAGGCCAAGUUCUGCAGCACCGUGGCUAACGACGUAAUGUUGAAAACGGGAGUGGGGGUGAUCCGGAUGUGGGCAGACGAAGGCAGUCGGCUGAGCAGGUUCAGGAUGCUCUUCACUUCCUUUGUGGAGCCUCCCUGUACAAGCAGCACUUUCUUUUGCCAUAGCAACAUGUGCAUCAACAAUUCAUUAGUCUGUAAUGGCGUUCAAAACUGUGCAUACCCUUGGGAUGAGAACCACUGUAAAGAAAAGAAAAAAGCCGGACUGUUUGAACAAAUCACGAAGACUCAUGGGACGAUCAUUGGUGUCACAUCAGGGAUCGUCCUGGUCCUUCUCAUUAUUUCUAUUUUAGUACAAGUGAAACAGCCCCGGAAAAAGGUCAUGGCUUGCAAAACUGCAUUUAAUAAAACUGGGUUCCAGGAAGUAUUUGAUCCUCCUCAUUAUGAACUAUUUUCACUAAGAGAGAAAGAGAUUUCUGCAGAUCUGGCAGAUUUGUCAGAAGAACUUGACAACUACCAGAAGCUGCGACGCUCCUCCACGGCCUCUCGGUGCAUCCAUGACCACCACUGUGGGUCUCAAGCAUCCAGUGUCAAACAAAGCAGGACCAACCUCAGUUCCAUGGAACUUCCCUUCCGAAAUGAUUUUGCACAACCACAGCCAAUGAAAACAUUUAAUAGCACCUUCAAAAAAAGCAGUUACACUUUCAAACAAACCCAUGACUGCCCUGAACAGGCUCUAGAGGACAGAGUGAUGGAGGAGAUUCCCUGUGAAAUCUAUGUCAGAGGGCGAGAUGACUCUGCACAAGCGUCCAUAUCCAUCGACUUUUAGUUGUUGACUAAAGGCACUGUUAGGAUGUGUGUGCAGCCCACGCCAACACCCGUUCUGUCUCCGCCCGCGUCCCAUCUUGUCCUAUCAAAGUUAGAAAGCCCUUCAUCAUUUAUCAUAAUGCUGACGAUUUGAUCUCAGGCAAUCUAUAUAUGUGGAACCAACUAAGAAACAAUGUAUUCGGUGGAAAGAAGUCAUCUGUUGCUGGUAUCUUACCGACAGACACCACCAGCCCAAUAGCAGUUGAGGAGCAAGUGGUCACGUUGAGUCAGGUGGAGCAGCAUGGUGGUGUUAACAUCGGGUACUGUCUGUGUUCACACAGCCCCAUCAACUUGAUCUCACAGUAAAUUCAAACAUUUUCUUUAUAUUCCUUUGUCCUCCUUUUUUCUGUUCUGCUUUAUUUGCCUGUAGUUUUACCAUUCCAGUGUCCUGUGAAAGGGGAUAAUAUGUCACUUAACUCAGCAUGGGCAUGGUUUGCUCUAAAUGUGUAAAAUAUGGCUAGGACUGUCAUGAGUGGCAGUUUAACACACAGUCAUAUUUUAUUUCUUCCUGACUGAUUUCUACACUGUUGUCUUUAAUAACUGCACCUUUAGUUCUGCUUUUCUGUGGGAAGUAGUCUAUUACAUGAUUUAGCACCUUUAAAUCAUGUUUCGAAUUAGUUAUGCUACAAAAGUAAUAAUCCUGGGGUACAUUGUUACCAGAUACACAUGAGUGGAAAUUUGAGAAGGAUUAAAAACUUGUAGCAACCUCUGAAGUUUUCCCCAUUGGGUCUCUUCAGUGACAGAAAUUCACCCCAGUAAUCAGGGUCCUGGAAUUCACUGGUGUGCAGACCUUUAACUGUGGCUCCAUGCAGAGCCUCUCUGAUCUUGUUCCCUCUCAUCUUUCAAAGAUUUCUUUGUUCUCUUGGAAUUGGUUUGUCUUUGACACAUGGCCAUGGUUGGUGGAAGCUUAAAGAAAUUCUCCGAGAAACUGUGUGAGCCUUUACAUAGCUUCCGCUUGAGACAGUGCAUUUUUCUACCCAUUGUCAAGAAGAGCAACUUCAACUUUUUUUAAGCUGCACUUUUCACCUUAUGUUUUGUAAAGUAUAUAAAACAAUAAUUUAUAAACAUAUCAAAACUCAUUGUGUUUUUUAGACUUUUGAUAUUAUUUGAUAUUGUAUAAACUUUAUUAGAUCCAGAUUUAAGACAUAAAAGACAAAUUUCUUUAAGUGCUCACAGUAGUGACUUUGUGUAGAAGUAUACUGUGUUGGGACUGUACUAUAAUUUAUUAUGAAGACCUUGCCCAUGGUGAUGUGUACAUGCAUUUUUCUUUCUUUUGCUGCUGUGUUAGUUGAUAAUAAGUUUUUCACUGUGUGGUAUUUAUUGUUCUAAAUCACAACAGAAAUCUUAUAUUAAAGAAUACAUUAAUUCAUGA